AUGGUGUUCAUUGACGUGGAGAAAGUCUAUGACAAAGUCCCGAUAGAGGUUCUAUGGAGAUGUUUGGAGUCUAGAGGAGUGCAUGUAACAUAUAUUAGAGUGAUGCAGGACAUGUAUGAUCGAGCUAAGACACGGGUUAGGACAGCAGGAGGAGACUCUGACUACUUUUUGGUUGAGAUGGGGUUGCAUCAGGGAUCAACACUUAGCCCGUUUUUGUUUUCCCUAUCGAUGGAUUCUUUGACACGUCACAUUCAAGGGGAGGUUCAUUGGUGCUUGUUAUUUGUGGAUGACAUAGUCCUAAUUGAUGAGACGCGAGGUGGUAUUAAUAAGAGGUUGGAGGGAUGGAGACAUACUCUAGAGUCCAAGGGUUUCAAGUUGAGCAGGACCAAGACAGAAUACAGGGAGCGCAAGUUCAGCGGUGUUACCCAGGAAGCGGACGGGGAUGUGAGACUCGAUAUGCAAGUCAUUCCCAAGAGAGAGAGUUUCAAGUAUUUGUGA